ACUUCGAAGACGAGUCUGCCGGAGUCUUGCGUUACGUUUAGAAUCUUUAGUCCCGCCAUCCGCGUCAUCGAAUCCGCGAACCGCGUGCGGUCUCACGUCGUAAGAUAGAAUAUCAUAAAUUACAAUAUUAAAAAAAAGUUUUUUUAUUCAAACUCGAUUCACCAUAUUUUUCAAGCCAAGAUGAAGUACCUUUUCUGGGCCGCAAGCGUCAUCUUGCUCAUCGACGUCUCCGUAUCGCAAGAGGUGGAAAUCUCGUGCAAGAACGUCGCGGAUUGUUCGGAAGUACAGAACGCAUCUCCGCAAAUGGUUUGUGACGAUGGUUAUUGUCGUUGUCUAGAUGACCAAGGGACGCCACAAAGUUGCUCGACAUUCAGCGUAAAUGCAACCCUUUUGCAGCCGCAGCGGGCAGCCGCCGCUGGAUUAAUCGGACGGAGCUGCUCCCUUGACAAGGAUUGCGGAACAGAUACCAACGCCUUUUGCAAUAGGACGAGGAAACAAUGCACCUGCAAGAUCAAAUACUCAGCUUCUUUGGAUGGAAUGAAUUGCCUUCCUCCACUAGCCUAUCAGGAAUCCGGAUGCGAAAUAGCUAAACAAUGUCUAUCUAUGGUGGGAAACUCGACGUGCGUAAAUGGAGUCUGUCAAUGUGAAGAGAAUUAUCACUACGAUUCCGAUUCAUGCUGGGCGAAGAUAGGGUUUGGCGAAGCCUGUAACGUGACGGAAGAAUGUGGACACGUUUCAAACGCUGUGUGCGAUGACCAGAAAUGGUGCAGCUGCCCGAUCGACAAGGUGAUAGACUCCAAUGUUUCUUCGUGCCUCCCAAUAGCUUCAAAAAUCGAAGAUGAUUGCAUAGAAGCGAUUCAGUGUACGCAACUCCUGGGUGAACUUAGCGCUUGCAGUUCAAACAAAUGCGUAUGUCAUCCGAAACAUCAUCUGUCCCCGACUACCAACAAAUGCGUGCCGAAUCUGGAGCUCGGUGCCGAAUGCCAUGUGGAUGUCGAUUGCUCGCAGGGCGAGAAGCAGAACGAUAUUUUGGCUAUGAGGUGUCACGAACACAAAUGCCAUUGUGCGGACGGUUACGAGAGCUUGGGCGGAAAAUGUUUCCCUGCGGGACGACCGAAAAGUCCUGAGGGCGUCGGUAAUUCAGCAAUCAGACAAAUGACCAACGCCUCCACUUUCAGCAUGAUCUUGGUAUUGUCGGCCAUCUUUUCUACGAAACUGUGAAAAGUAUUUCGAAAGUAAUCCAUCUUAAGACUCACGUGCGUUGAUCUAAUUGUUUAGAGUUAAGAAUCAAAGAUAUAUGUUAUGUACAUACACACUCACCCAUUCUUCUGAUUAACAAUAAUAAGUACUUGUACUCAUAAUCGAUGUUACGAAUGAAUUAACGUCAACUUUGCAAGCGUAGCUGUUGCCAUCGUACAAUUGUACAUAUAUUAUACGUUGUUACCUGUUAAUGAGUAUUUAAGUUUUAUGCCACGCGAAAGCGAUUUCAAGCAAUUUAACAGAUAUUUACUCGGCUAUUCAGAAUCGCUGGUACGAAAGAUUAUUGUUUAUUUGUUACUCGUAACAUCUACCCUUAUCAAGAUUCAUGUAUUCACUGUUAUUUGUCUUAUUCGUAUAGUAUGUCGUUUAGUACACCUAGUAUGUACACGUUAUAUCAUAUUGAAAUGAUAUUAUUAUUUGGAUAUGAAUCAUAAUUAUUUUAGAGUUUAACGCUUAUGUUUUCGAAUAAAUUUGUAAAGCGUCUCAUACUUUGUGUGUAAAAUUAAAAAAUUUUCAAUAUCAAA